AUGCUAAACAAUUGCAACCAUAAUGACUACUAUCAAGUUGACAUUGAUACACCUUUGCUUGAAGCAUUAAUCUACGAUGAUCAUGUAGCCACAUACUAUUGGGGGAUGCAACUAAAUUCUCUGCUUAGAGCUUAUAUUGAUGUUGGACCUAGUGAUUACAUGGUGGAGAAUGCAGAUGAUGACGAAGAUGUGCUGGAGUAUGACCAAAAUGUGGCAAAGCUUGUAGCAGCAUGUUGUAAUGUUGGUUUUCUCUAUUUAUCCAUGCCUUCGGUAACUGCUAUUCACCUUUCCUCUUAUGCAAUGCCCACUUUUCAAAAUUUGACCGAGUUGCAGCUAGGUGAUCUCAACAAUCAUGGAUGGGAGUUUCUGCCGCACUUGCUUGAAAGUGCUCCUAAUCUUGAAACCCUUGUCCUGAAGAGGUUUGUGGAGCACGGAGGGUGCUUUGCUAAAUUUGAGAGCUCUAUUCUGAACUGUGUGCCUGCAUGUUUAUCUAUACACCUUCGAACUAUUUACUUUGAGGAGUUCAAUGGGGAGCAAGACGAACUGGAGCUAGUAUCUUAUUUCUUAACUACUGCUGAAGUUUUGAGGGAUGUGGAGUUCAGCUUUUGUUCUUCUUUGCCUGUAGAGAAGCAGUACAGCACUUGGUUGAAGUUAUCAUCGUUGCAAAGGUGCUCAAAGUCAAAGAACUGUAAGAUUCAUUUCGCAAAUGUAAUAUCAAUGUUGCAAAGUUUUAUCGAAUGGAUGAAAUCACUAAAGUGAAAGAAGUAGGGAAAAAGAGAAGAAUAUUGGUAGAGAUAGUCUUUGCUUCUUCUGACUUCUCUGUGAAAUACUUGCCAUUCAGUAUUUUUGGCUGUUGUGUAUUGUCAACUACUCCGUAUAUUUUCUCUUGAAAUUUUAAUCAAACAAUUCUCCUGUUUUGUUCUA